CUGGGAGUGGCUCCAGCCGGUUAAACCAGGUUCCUGGGUUCGGUUCGACCUUGGCACUAGUGCAGAAUCCAGAAUGGAUGUCCUCUUUGUAGCCAUCCUUGCUGUGCCACUCAUCCUGGGACAAGAAUAUGAGGAUGAAGAAGGACUGGAAGAGGAUGACUAUUAUCAGGUGGUCUAUUAUUACACAAUCACCCCCAACUAUGAUGACUUUGGUGCAAACUUCACUGUUGAUUACUCUAUGUUUGAGUCAGAGAACAGGCUGAACAAGUUGGAUGAGGAGGUAAUGGAAGCAGUAGAGACUACCAUUAGUCGUGAAACAGACCCUGCAGACCAUCAGAAGCCUGUAACAGAGAAACCAGUGACAGUGGAACCACAGAGUCCAGAUCUGAACAAUGCUGUAUCCAGUCUGCAGAGUCCUGGUGCACUCCUCCUGUCCUGGGCCCUCGUUCAGGGGGGGAUGUAUUUCAUGUAGAAGGAGAGGGAAGGCUGCUACGACUCAUUGGAUGGGGUUUUGGGAAGAGGAGAGUGGAAGAUUAAAUAAAUAAAUGAAGUAA